CAUAGACUGAGGCAUACAUUGAGUGCUUGUAUUGUAUUUCACAUUACAUUGAGUGCUAUAUUGAAGCGAUUGACUGAUUGGUGAGUCGACCGCCGAUUCAGACCAACUGAACCACACAUUCAUGAAAUGACAGACCAGUCGACUCUUCUGCUCAGAAAACAACUCAAUGACCUCAAGAAGAAUCCGGUGGAGGGCUUCUCAGCGGGUCUGGUGGACGACGACGACAUCUACAUCUGGGAAGUGCUGAUCAUCGGUCCGCCCGACACUCUGUAUGAGGGCGGGUUCUUCAAAGCGCACCUAAACUUUCCCAAAGACUACCCGUUAAGACCUCCCAAAAUGAAGUUCGUGACAGAGAUCUGGCACCCGAACAUCGACAAGAACGGUGAGGUCUGUAUAUCCAUUCUUCACGAGCCGGGAGACGACAAAUACGGCUACGAGAAGGCGUCCGAGCGUUGGCUACCCGUGCAUACCGUCGAGACGAUCCUCAUAUCUGUUAUAUCGAUGUUAGCCGACCCUAACGAUGAGUCCCCGGCCAAUGUGGACGCGGCGAAGGAAUGGAGAGAAAGCUUCUUAAACUUCAAGCGAAAAGUGGCUCAAUGUGUCCGAAAGAGUCAAGAAAUUUAAUAAUUACUUUUAUACGGUAAAUGAAUAGAAGUCUAGAAUUAAUCAUCACUUCAUUACUAACGAACGGCUCAUAAGAACUUAUUUUUUAAUCCCGAAUAUUUGGUUAAGCCUUCGAUACAUAUAUAUAAUUCAAAAUUUAAUUAUUAUUAUUAUUAUGAUUUGUCUUAUUAUUUUAGA